ACUAAUGCCACCGGAAAAUUAGGCAUCCCUUACGCUUGUGCUGCGGCCUCUCUAGCGCCACUGAGCAAGGCUGACAAAAAACGCACUCUUCGACUUGCAGUCAGCAUUUGGGAGGACGAACCAGAUCAGGAUGAUGCCGGACUAUCUAACCUUACUGAUUUAAGGAUUGAACCAGAGCUUUCACAACGAAUGGCGCAAAUUGGACUCGAUCCUUAUGAGGGUAAAUGA